ACAAACACACUUAUUUCGUUUGGUCCGAGACAGUCGUGCGCACGUCAUUUCCGUUGGCCUCUUGGAUAUUAACAAUCGCGAACCAUUUCAAUCAUUCAACUCAAUUAAGAAGGUGCUUUCUCUUUGCGGUUCUUUAAUGGUACAUACCGAUAGUUACGCCCUUACCACCUAUGUAACCUAAGUUAAAUAGUUAGCUGCAUCAGUUUCUCAGCUCCAGUUCCUAGUCAAAAACAGUGAUAUGUGCCCAAAAUCCAAUGUUCCUAGUUCAUUACCUUCUCUUUGAUAGGUGCAAACCUUGUUCCUGGAAGAAGAGAGCACCACCUUUUGAAAAGCCGAGUCGUUGGAGUACCUAGGACCUUUCAAGCAACGAUCAAUAAAUAUGUUGCCUUUAUAAUGAAUUGAAGUAUGCAUAAAUUCUUUCAAAAUUCUAAAUCCCAAUAACACAAUGGAUAAUGGAGAAUCGUCAAGCAGUAGUAGUGGAGAUAAAAACAAAGAUGAAAAAGAAGAUGAUGACAAGGAUAAUCUCUCCAAAGAGGACAGGCUGAUUUUCGAUGCGAAAUUCAAAGAAUUGCAAGUUUAUGUCCCUUUGAUCAAGAAACUACUAGCAAAUUAUGAGCAGAAGAAGAAAGCUGGAUCGUGCAGUGUGCAAAUUGAGAAACAAUAUCAACGUUUUCGGAGUCUGCAUGUCCUUUUUACUUCAAAAAAGCGGUGCAAGCUAGACACCUUGUUAAAGUGUGAAGAAUUUUUCAAGAAACGAUUCAAAAAUAAAGGAAAUGAACUUUCGCCUGAAGCUGGCCCAUCUAAGACACCUGAAAAGACUGAUAGAAACGAAAAGUGUGAAAAAUGUCUGAAACAUUAUUUCUCACCUCCACAUGCUGAAGACUGCCUUUGUUGCCUUUGCAAUCCUUCUGCGGCUGCUGGUAAAGCCAACUAUGUUUGCUCAGGUCCAAAACCUGGGCCCAGAAACGAAGAAGACCUGAAUAAAAAGCCCAGCAAUUUUGGAAAACCUGGAUCUCCAGAAGUAGACUCAAAGUCGUCAAGCAGCUUUGGAUUUGGAUUUGCUGAUAGUGGAAGUUUUUCAUCAAAGUUUUCACCAAGAUGCCUGCCACCAAAAUCAGGUUCAUCUGGUGAAAAAUCUGACGUGAUCGUCAUAACUGAUGAUGAGGGGAAAAGUCCAUCCAAAAGUAAAACUGAGAAAAUUGUCACGGAAACUAAACAGACCGCAUCAUCCUCUAAGAGCUCUGGUGGUGCAUUGAAGACGAGUAAUUCACAAAAUAAACUUGGAAAUCAGACUGCUGGAGGCAAGCCAUCUGCAAGUGAGAGUAGUGCCAGCAAUGCCACUCAUGAAGAAGUGUGGAGUAAAGCAAGAAACAAACAGUCUGAUCAGCAGAACAAAUUGCAAUUCAAUAAAGUCAACAACAUUGAAGCAAAGAAUGCUGCCCAAAACAGGAAAGAGAACAAGGAUAAAAAAGUACUUAACAAACCGCCUCUAAGUCGGUCCGCAAAAGAAGAUCAAAAGAAAAUGAGAGCUGAAGUGACAAACCAGCUGGAUCACCUAAGUGUAAGCAGUAGUAAAACGACCAAACUGUCUCAUACCGAUGAAAAUAAGGCUGACAGACCCGUCAGUUUUAAGCCUAGUCAUAAUCUCCAGGAUUCUUCCAAUCCAGUUACUAUCCCAGAUCUGAGUCAAGUAGAUAUCCCGGAUCAUGUGUAUGAAAUAGUAAAAAACCUACAACUCAGAAUGCCACCCACAUUUUUAAAUUCUAAGACUCCAUCUCAGACUGAAGGAAGCACCUCUAAGCCCAGCAGCCUUGAUCAAAAGUCAGAAAAUACCUCUCCAUCAAGUGUUUGUCCUUAUCAAGAAAAUUUUGACAUUGAACCACUACUACCCUCUGACAGAGGUCUCUCUUCCAUGCCAUAUACGAAUAAUCUACCUAAUUUGGCAUCAAGCUCUCACCAACCACCAUAUAGCUCAGCUCACUCCUCUGUAGUCUCUAGUGAUCUGAACUUUCCUAGUUCUCACAAUGUUCAAAUCCAUAGUACAAGUACGAAUUCUCUGAGGCAUUCCAUGCAUGCUGACCAAAGUAUGAACAAAAUUCCAAGUGGUACCGAUGUAAAACCUCACUCGGCUGAUCCUCGGAGACGUCCUACUUCCAAUAUUGGUGGUAGCUCUGCUCAGCAGUCGAACAUUCAGAGGUAUUUAGGAAAGCCUCUCAUUGCUGACCCCAGACGAAGGACUUCAUCUGAUCUUCUGUCAUCCCAUUUAAGUAUCAACAAUCAAAGUCACACUCAGGUCACAAGUUUAGCAGGCUCCUGGCAGCACCCUACCUCAAGAUUCAACUCAACAGCUAUUUCUAGUCAUUCCAGUAAUGCCGGACCUAUCCGUCCUUACCAACAUCCGGCUUAUACAACUCCUCAAGUCCACCCACCUAGUGUCUCACACCACCCUCCAGCAUUCACUAGUAGAUCUGUCACUACUUCUAACUGUAUUCCUCCAUCUGUGUUCUCUCAAGCUAACCGUACUUCGAGAUUCACUCCUGCUUCUAGUCCACAAGAAUUUUCAAGUCCUGCAGAAGACAUUAUUAUGAACGAAGACAUGCAAAUGUCUCCAGACUCACCUGAAGAGACAUCCACCAGUACCUGUCCUCCAAAGGAAACCAGCGGAACAUCAAGAAUUCGCUCUAAAUUAGCAGAGGGUAUUACAACAAUGCAAAAAUUAGGGAAAACACCCAACACGCCUAGAAAAGACAGAAUGAUCUCUAAUCUCAAACCAGGGGUCGUUAAUGACCUAGCAGCCUCCAGAGAGACCAAGAAUUCGCUGUUCGUAGACUCUUUAGUAAACUCACAAGUGCCUUGCAAUGAUAAGAAAGACCCAAAAUGUACCACACCGGUAAAGCAUUCUAAAGUACCUGAAAAAAAUAUUGAUACCAUUAACAGCUUGAAAACGCACUCAGGUGGAUCAAGUUCCAGACCACCUCCAAUAAGGCCCGUAGGUAAAGCCCUUUUGCCCACUCCUCCACUGGGUCGAGGUAACUGUGAUAAUACUAGAUUUCCUACCAGUAAUGUUCCAAGUUCUUUCAACCAAAAAAUUCCUCCCAGGAGUACCACAAAUAGCUCUUACAAUGAAUCUAUUAGAACUUGUUUUUCAGCCAAUAACGAAUCAAGCUCUGCAACUGAUUUUAAUAGCACCUUCAGGAGUAGUUUUCAUCAACCUUCUGCACCGAACUCUGCAGGUGAUUUCAAUGAAACUUUCAGAAGUAGUUUUCACCAACCUGUUACACCAACCUACAGUGAUGUAUUGCCCAGAACAGGAAAUCCCGAUCAAUAUAAAAUUGCUCCAAGUUCAUCACACAGGCCCGUGGAUUCCCUUCUCCGAUCUCAGUCAUCUCCUGACCCAGCUGACCUUUGGUCCCAAACUGCAUCAAGAUGGAACCCAGAUGUACGUUAUAACAUUGAUAAGCGGGAUAGAUAUGAUGACUACUACUCAUCCCAUCACCAUCUUGAUCAGCGUUCUAAUGAUCGCCUUACAGGUGACCAUCGUUCAAGCGAUGAUCGUUUUUCCGACCAUCGUCCUAGUGAUCUUCGUUUUAAUGACCAUCGUACAUUUGACCGUUCUGAUUACCGUUCAAGAGAUCCUCGCUCAAGCGAUCCUCGAGUAAGUGGUUCACGCACAGGUGAUUCGCGCUUUAGUGAAAGCAUCAAGUCCCGCCCGUCCUCUGCUGACCCAAGAGCUCGAAUGGGUGAUUCGGCAAUGAACAUGAGAAAACAGAAUAUUCGGGAUGAAGAGAGGCCUGGCAAUAACCGUGAUCCUAGAAGGCGUAGUUUAGAAACAGAGGGACGACCUGGAAGAUCUAGAAGUAGACCACCAAGAGGCAGCAAGAAAAGCACUGUUGAUGAUAUUUCAAGAUCACGCCAAAAAUCUAAAGAUAGGUCCUGUGUCAAAACGAUUCCUGAGCCGGAUGAAAGGGAAGACUUUCUGUCACCAUUAGAUAAUAAUGCCAGAAAACCUAUCACAUCGAAGACAGGCCGUGGCUAUGGAAUUCAAAACUACAAAAUCCCCAAGAAGAUUAGUCAACAAGCUCCUCGAGUAGAUCCCAGAAGAGACCCUGACCGAGAUUCGGCUAAAAAAAAUAGCGUUGGAAAGGAAAGCUCAGAUCAACAUGAAAUUUCUCCUGUGGAACUUGAUGACUCAAUGGACGUAGACAUGGAUGUGGACGUGGGCAUGAACUUAGGCAAUGACAUCAGUGUACCUGAUGACAGUGGGAAUAAUGUAGUAGCUAAGUCAAGUACUGCCAAAACUGAGAGGAACUCUCCAAAGAAGUCAUUGAAAUCUAAGAAAGAAGAAGUUGCAGAAAAACAACCAUCAAAACUUUUGACCCCCAAAGAAAUAAUAAAUGAGGAGGCAAAAACACAAGUAAAUGUGGUAAACGGUGGUGAUGCAACUGAUUCGGAAUUUCAAAAUGAAGACACCAAGAAGUUGACGGUAGAUUCAUGUGGAUCCACAAAGCCAUUGAAGUCCUCUAAGGUCACAAUUAGUGGCAUUCCUCAGACAACAUCCAGAGUUGUCAUCUCAUUAGAUGAAGAGUCCCUGGCUCGUGAAAACGAAAGUAGUCGUCUUUUAAAGGAGGGUAAACCUGGUCAAACUGUUCCAUCUGAUGAAGAUUCAGAAAAUCAUCCGAAGAAAAGUGAUGAAAAUGCUAAAAAUAAAUCCACUCCCAAUAGGAGUGUUAAGACUGAUCCUAACAAGAUUGUUAUUUCUGACUCAUCCGAUGAUGAGUGUACCAUGAGAGUUCGAACUAACGAACCCAAUGAAAAGUUACCAAGAGGGAAGAAAUUAAAGACAAAGAAACGCAAGGAAAAAACGAAGAGGAAGGAUAGCUCUGCAGAAAGCGAUAUCAAUUUUGAUGAAAGCAGUGAAGAAGAAAAGUCCAAAGCUUCCAAAACAUCAAUAAAAAAAUCAGAUGUUUCAAGCGAUAGUGAUUCUGAUGAAAGCCAUAAAGGAAAAAAGACUAAAGCCUCCAAAAAGUCAUCUUCAACCAAUAAAUCUCUUGUUGGAAGCGACAGUGACUCUGAUGAAACUAGUGGAAAGAAAACGUCAAAAUUGACAAACAAGUCAAUCUCAACUAAAAAAUCCCUCAUUCAAAGCGACAGCGAAUCCGAUGGAAGCAGUGUAGGAAAAACGUCAAAAGUUUCCAAAAUGUCAUCCUCAACCAAAAAAUCGGAUGUAAAAAAUAAAUCUGCUAAAAAGAAAGCCCUGCCAGGAGAUACAAGUGAUUCAGAUGUUCCAUUAAAGAAGUCAUCAUCUAAGAAAGUCAAAGGAAUAGUUAAAAAUGUCAAGGUGCAUGACCAGACCACUGAUCCUAGCUCUUCUGAAGGAAGCGAUGCAGAUAGCAUUAAAAGUAAGAAAAAAAUGAGGAAAAAGAAGCAGAGCGGAACAAAAGAAUCUCAAAGUUCUUCCAGUGAUUCUUCUUCUUCUGCAUCCUCCAUAGACUCAGUUAACAAACAGAAAAAAAAGAAAAAAUCGGGCUCGGACAAGUGUUCCAGAGCCUGCAAGCAAAAGGACAAGUCAAAAAUAUCUGAAUCAAAGAUCACCUCAUCAAAAAAAUCAGGAUCAAAGAAAAAUUCUAAACCGACUGCAGAAAUAAUAAUUUCAAGUGAUAGUGAUUCUAGUGAUGAUGAAGUUUUAGCAGUGAAAGUUAAAAAAAUAAAAGAGACAUGCUCAUCAGAUGGUAUCAGGGACAAACCUUCCACUGACUCCAAGAAUACACCAUCAACCAAAAAGCAAAUAAUAGAAUCAGAUGCCAAACACCAAAAUAAUGAUGUUGAGGACCUCAUUAAACCAAUUGAGAAUAAAAAAGAUCAGAUAAGUUGUAACAAAGUUGACAGCACAAGUGACACAAAUGAACCAGGGGCUCCAAAGACACAAGCGGCUACAAAGGACGUUCUGUCUCUGAUUACUGAUUCGCUCAGCAGUAAUACUGCUUUUACACCACUGCUGAUAACUAUGCUGUUACAGGAAAAGUUAGGUCCCAAGUUUUUAGAGAACGUAGAAUUAGUGAAGAAACUUAUGGAGGGUGAUACACUAGAUAAAAUUAAGGACCUGUUGACGGGAAAAGAUAAAGCUUCAAGCUCCUCCGCUGAACCCAUCAAGAGAGAACAAGAUACCCCUAAAGCCAAAUCGACGGAGACUUCAGAAGGAACUGCGUCAGAAAUUGUGCCAGAUGAACACCUGUCUGCUUCAAGUGAAUAUGAUGGAGUUAUUGCCAAAGAAGAUAUUUCUAAACCUGCAAAUGAAUCCGUAUUAAAAUGUAAAGAAACGGAUGGACAUGAUGAAAAUGCUGGUGAAAUAACCAAAACUCAAGUCCUUCCAGAAGUUCCCCAGGGAGAUGAAAAUGGGCAACUGUUAUCAGCCCCUGAGCCCGAAAAAAGCUUAUCUUUAAAUGCAUCUCUUACAGAGCCUGAACCCGAAGAAGGUUUGUCGAAACCAGCAGCAGGAUGCUCAGCACAGGAUUUGGCAACAGAAUCGUCUAAUGCAAGUGCAGUCCAGAAUUCAAACACGGGCGUCACUCUAAACCAAGAAAAAUACGGUCUUGAUGUUGAAACCGUGCAAGAUAAAAGUGUUCUUGAAUCUCAGCCAGUAAAGGUAACUAAUAAGGUUGAACAUCCUCGCAAGAGAAAACGUGGCAAAAAGGCCCUCAAAAAGAAAGCUGUGACUAAUUCAAAGCAAAGCUCUGUUCAUCUUUUACAAAACAGUGCUGAUUCUUUAAGUAUUGAAGAGAGAAAUCAAAUUUAUAAAGAAAUGUGUGUUGGAGCGGUCAAAAAUUUUGAAACAGGCCCCAAGCAAAGAAAAACCAAAAAUGAGCUAGACAAACUGCAUGAGGAUCUUCGAGAAAGUUUUAUAUCGCAAGAUGUCAUCAAGGCCACUGGGAUUCGUUCUUGUAGAGUUAAAGCUCAUGAAAUGGACCUGAUGUCACCAGAUGACUCAUUAGAGAAAAUUCCUAUUGCUCGAGGUCGAAAAAAGAGCUCUGAGAGAUUGGAAACUAAUGACAAAUCAACAAAAAAUAAGGCUGCCAAAGUGAAGAGAAAACCAAGUUCUCAGCAUAUCAACUCGUCAGACAGUGAUGAAGAUAGUCACAAAAAGCCAAAACGCAAUUCAACGGACUCACCUCCUCCCGUUUUAGAGGCUUUUACUGAUUUGAAAGAAAACGAAUCUUUAGGAGUAAAUGAACUGCCAUCAAAAUCUGAAAGCCCAGAGAAAGCCCCUCCCCAAUUGUAUCCUUCCCAUGAAAUUUUGCCACUAAUAGAUCCGCCGUCCUUCUUUGAUCUUCCUGAAAUCUAUGCACUAGAUUACUUCACACCAAAAUUCAGAAGAAAAAGAUUUAAUUUGGCUGAAUUCAAAAGUAAAUAUUUUGUGGUCAAAAAGCAAACUAGUUCCUCAGCCGGCUGUUCUAUCAACGCAAAGCACAUUGUUAAGUUCUUUGGAUGUGGACGCAGGCUCGACCGAAAGAGGAAGAUUACCUCUUUCUCUGAAAUUUCAACUAAUUCAUCAGGUCUCUCGGAACCCAAAAAACGUAAAGUGGUCCAGAACCAAGUUCAACCUGUGCCGAAGGCUAGAGUUUCAGUCAAGAACAUUGCUCUAUCUACAAGUAAAAUGACCUCAGGUCGAAUGACCAGAAUGCAAGUGAAUAAAGAAGAUCAAAAGAAAGCUGGAUCUACUGAACCAAUCAAAAUCAAAACAGCUGAAGAAGUAAAAAGUGCUAUUAAAAUGAGGAAAGCAGCCCACAUGGAAGAGCCGGAUUUAGAUGAUUUCAUCUUGAUUCUUGACAAAAAUUCUGAGAAAUGGAGCCGUGUAAAGAACUCAUUGCAGGCUUUCAAUUCCAUCACUCCCAAAGUUACGGCAGAAGAAGCAGCGAUACAAUAUGAAUUGAAGUCUGAAGUUGACUGGACGGAUCCUGAUUACUACUUCAAAUUUGGUGCGAGCAUGGACUGCAAACUAUGCUCUUACAGUGGCUGUCACAUAUCCGAUCAUUACCUGUUGUACCACUCUGAGGAUCAAGUUUUGAGUUCUCGGCUGCACCAUGAAGAAGGAGAAAGUGCCAUUGCAGAAUCAAUUUUCCUUGAUUAUUCAGACGUGCCGGAUGAGUUCUUAAUUAGAUUUCCAGCCAGCAAAGAAUGUGAUGGGACUGUACUAAAUAAAGAAAGCCUCAAUAAGCUUCUCUUAAAAAAGUGGCUCAAGGACCACUCGGACAACUUGACGGGAGUUUUUCAAUCAUUGGUUAAUAAUUGUGUCUUGGAAAGAGACAGUAACGCAACAUUGUCCAUCAAUGAUGAAAUUAAGCCGAAAAUACUCACUGAUCUGUCAGAUCUCUUAUACAGAGCAUAUCGGGCUAAAAUGCGGUCAAACCUAUUUCUUUGUCGCAUGUGCAAUAACAUUUAUGACAAUGCUAGAAAAUUUUUUGAACACUGCAGUUUCCAUACAGGGGAAUAUCUCUAUGAAUGUACUCCCUGUCAAUUAAUUUUACCAUCUAUUGACGAUUUUGUCUCUCAUGAGGAAAGUGCCCCUGGAAAUCACUUUUUAUCCAAUCGUUAUCUCUUACCACCAGAAUCUUCAAUUUUGUUCGGCUAUAUUUGUUCUUCAUGUAAUUUUGUUCAAUUAGUUUAUGAGAAUCUAGUGCGCCAUCUAACAUAUCACAAAAAUGACAAAUUUGAGCCACAAAUUGUGCGUAUAAAUAUGUCUAAAUUAUCCUCCGAUCUAUUUGCUGAAAGUUGUGAAGAUGCAGUCGCCAAGAAGUGGCAUGACUACAAAAAAGAAGACAUUACUAGCUGUAGCUGCCCCAAGUUUUAUUUGUCAUUUGAUGACCCAAAAGAUGUUGCUAAACAUUUUGAAAAAUUAUCUUUGAAGGAAAUUUGUGGUAGCAAUCCAAACGAUUCCACAAAGUGUGCCAAUCCUUUCGCUAGAAGUUUUUCCUCUCCCAAGCACAAAUCAAAUAUAACAUUCACAGAUCAUAAAGCACCACUUCCAAGCAGUCAUAGUUUUGAAAAAAUUAUCACCGUACGCGAAAUAGAGCACACAAAUCUAGAAAAAAUUAUUCUAAGACUAUCAAAGGCAGGCAAAGAGCCAUAUCUUUUCUCCAAAUCUUUGAGGACGAAUGUUAAUCAGUUGAGCAAGGAGCAUGCUGCCAAGCCUCAAGACCUUAUAAUGGAUGAAGAAGGAAGGAACACUGAGCACAAUUAUGCGUUCAUAAAUAGUGGACCAGAAUCAUUUUCUAUUCAAUUGGACAAAGAGAACUCCCCUCAGUCUCGCAUAAAGUUUUUAGAAGACUUACACAACAGGUUGAAAACUAAAAGCGGCAGAAACUACUUGACUGAACUUGAAAAGAAGUUGAAGUUGACAGAAGUUGAAGCUAUGGAUUUGGGUGAAGCACUUCCUUUAUCCUUGAAGAAAUUUGCCCCAAAUAUCCUCAAAUCCAAAACUAGUUUGGAGUCCGAAGCUCCGACAAUACACAUUCCAGACUCAGUUGAGUGUUCCCUGCCGAAAAUUAUGAAUGUCAUUGACUUUAAUCUUCAUAUGACAACCGAAUCGUCUGAGAGUUCAGUUUCUAUUCUCAAGCCUUCCAAUGCAUUUUUGAAUAUUGGGAAUCUACUUACAUCAUCUCAUUCUAAGGAGUCGUCUACUCCUAAAACUUGCAAACCAUUACCAUCCCUGCUCUCAGUGAAGAAACCAUCCCAGAACCAAAAGUAUACAAUGAAAGAUCCUGCUGUGCGGAAGCUGAGAGUCGGUCCUAUUGGCGCUGUGAAGGAAGUAAAUCAUGUUGCCUUUAGUUGCUUCGCUCCUCUCAAAAGUGGAAAGAUGUGCAGCCAUAGAACAGAUACUGUGGAACAGCUGGUUACUCACUUCAAUUCAUUUCAUACUGACGUCAAGUGGACUGGUCUGUGUGAGCCGUGUGGUCAGACUAUUGUUGCCAGAGGGUUGGAAAAGUAUCCUAUCAGCAUUGCCUCAAAUCAUUUAGUUUCGGCACAUUUAUCUCCAGUUACCAUAUUUGAGCUCAUCAAACCUACAGCUAACCCAGCCAUAACAUCAGUUGAAGGUAUUCCUCCUGAGUCAAGACCACAUACUGUCAUAAAAAAUUCUCAGGCGUUACCCUCUUGCAUCAUAACAAGUCCUUCAAAAGCAGUUACAACAGAACUUCCAGAGUCUAGUUCCUCAGGAGUAGGAAAUGUAGUGCAAGUCCCUCCACCACUACCUCAGCAGCCCAGACUAAGAGUUAGGCCGUUAGAAGAGAUGCUUGACCGUAAAUUGUUGGAUCAGCAGAUGCGCGAUUCAUCUACUGCAGAAAAAGAUGCUGAGAGUGGUAUUCAGAUUUCAAGUGUCAUGAGCCUUUCAUCUCUCGGAGAAGACUCUCCUUUGAAACUUGUAUCAGAAACGCAAGUAAAUUCAACUGAAAGUGAGCUUCCUCUAUCAAUACUUCUGAACACAGAUAAGCUUUUGUACCUCACACCACUGGGUCCUAAACGCUUGUCAUCGAUAAUGUUGCGAGAUCCAGGAAGUGAAUCAGGCUCGAUAAAAUCCAUGUACAAGUUCAAACUUCAAUCAGGAAUCGCCAUGGAAGAGCUUUUGAAGGGUCAGUCAACAAGUUUUAUUAAUGCUGUAAAAGCGAGCCCCGGAUAUGUUCUAUUCAUGUACUGCAGAGUCUGUUCCAUCUAUCACCACAUAAACAUUGACCUGUUCAAAAUUGAGUGUCCUAGAAGACCACGGAGACUCAUUCUCACAUCAAGCGAACUGAAAUUUGCCAUCACUGAAUCCAGUAUGGUUAACCAUCGGAUGACACAUACUGCAUAUCCAUUGCUCAUCUUGCAGAACAUUGUGAAGAGUCCUGAAUGCUACGAGGCGAUGCUGGGUCCAGCUUCAUUAGUAAAACUCUACAAAUGUAUGGGUGCAGUGUGCUCGUUCUCAGCUGUAAAUGGCACCAGUUUCAUCCGACAUAUUACUAAUCAUGAAACUCACGUCCGAGCAUUUAUCAAGAAAAUUGGAAGAAACAAAGCAGCUAGUAUGCAUUUGAAAACAAAGGAGUGGAAUUUAUGUGCCUAUUGCGGUUUUGAUGCAGAAGGACCAAUUGACCUAAAACAACAUAUCGAAGAUGAGCAUGGAAGAUCACAAUUUCAGUGUGGCCAUUGUUUUUACCGUGGUUUUGCCAAAUGGCAUGUAGCAUGGCACCAGGUCUAUGCACAUGAGGGCCUUCCACCACUAAUUUUUGCCUGUUAUGCUGCCACAACAAAAGCUCUUCAGCCCCCCAGUGUAGAUAACCUGAAGCCGUACAAAUGUGCUGUUGGUUCUUGCAACUUCCAAACAUUUGCUCGUAACAGCUUCCAAGAUCACUUAAGCUCUCAACAUAUCAAUUGCAAUUACCUUGCAUGUCAUGUCUGUGGUGUGCAGUAUUUCACUAUUGAUAAGUUGAUAAUGCACUAUAAACUUCACAACUACUAUCAAUACCAGUGCUUGUAUUGUAAUGAUGGGUCUGAGUCUCAAGACGAUAUGAAGCUUCACUUGCUGAACAAUCAUUUCUCUCGUGCCUCUUACAUCAUAAACCGCAUUUUACCCAACGAAAGUCAGAGACAACUUCAAAGCAAAAUAACGUGGGCCAAAACUAAUGCACUGGAUGACAAGAUCACUUUCGUUUUACUGAAAGAAACCCAGGAUGAGGUAAAAGCUAUCUCAUGCAAUAUGCCAGUAAUGGAUGAUUGCGAAGAUGUUGCAAUAGAGGAAGAAGUCUACCUUCAAAUGAUCGCCCAUGUGAUGGACUUACGGGCACAAAAAUCGAGAGCAACAAUUGAGAACUCGGAACAGGAAGAGGUUGAGUUUGAGGCUGUAAACAGGAAUUCAAAUGAAGAGGGUGCUUUUGCUGACUCAAUACAGAAUUUUACUCCUCAGUUUUCCAACGCUCAAUCCUCAGGCCUUGAAUCUAACCUAUUACCGUUUAUAAGAAUUACUACCCCUGAUCAGAGGAGGAAAAUAGAAGAGAAGAAACAACUUCAUCAGUCUACGCUCGAAAACCGACUCAAGACUUUGGAAGGCGUUUACAAUCCUGAAUCCAGAUUGCUUCUACUGCAAACUCCCAUAGACAACUUAAAAAAUCUGAAAGAUAUUCUAUCAGCAUCCACAAGCUCUCCAUCUCUGACGAAAUAUCUUCAGAACCCGAGUGACUUAAAAAAAGACAGCGGGACUUUUGAACUCACCCAAGAUUGUAUAGAUUCCCUGUCAUUAGAUUUCGAUGACAGCGUGGAUUUGAACACGUUGUACGACAUGGUUGAUAGCCCUGCAGUCAUAACAGAAACAUCUCAAGCAAAUUGUAACCAACCUAGCAAUGAUGCUGUAAAUGGCAUCAGUUCCAUUUAUCUAAAUCAAACCUCUGACAAUGCUGAAGAUACUGGUCUCUCAGGGCUGGAACUUUACCGGUGUGGAAAUGAAGGUUGCACGUUUGCUGCCGAAAGCUCCAAUGACCUUAAAGACCAUGUUCUGAUGUGCGAUCUCUCUCGGUCUUCAUCGAGUCUAACAUGCGUCCACUGCAAGAAGCUGUGCAAAGCAGCCACCAACCUAGUAGAGCACUUACGGACUCACGGGACUCAGAGAUUUUUCUGCUCCUUGUGUACCAUGCGUGCACCUGUACCUUAUCGCAUCUCUACCCACUUGAAGUCAGCCCAUCGAAUCAACAGCGCUCGUCUUCAUCCAGUCAAUCCUUUGCAAACCGAUAUAGACAACUCAGUUUUCAUAUUAGUUCCUAAGGAUAAACAGCUUAUUGGUGUGAAUAAGGUUAACGCAAAAACUGGCUGCAAAAUCUCAUUCAGCCCCAGUGAGAUCAGUGAUAUUCCCCAACAGAAGAUCUACGCUGAACCAAUGUGGUGUGCUGUGUGUCCAUACAAGUCAAUGAUUCGCAUUAACCUUCUGAACCAUUUGCGCAAUCAUGCAAUUGGGAACGAACCUUUAAUCAAAGACUACUUCAACCCUUUGUCAACGUCAGAAAGUAUAGAACUAGAGCCACUCACAAACCAUGCUUUGAGUGCUAGGAUGGCAGAAGAAAAAGCCAUGAAAGAAGCUGGUGCUCCUGUCCUUACAGAACACAUAAUGGAGGACUUGCAUUCGAAUUUCCUCACUGAAUUCGUUCCACCGAAUGGAAGGUACAAGUGCCAUGUCCCUGACUGCUCUUACAUCACAGUUGAUGCAAGCACUCUGUGUAACCACCUGAAAUCACUCCACUCUGAUGUCAAAACUUACCUAUGCCCUCACUGUCCACCUAACCUGGCUCAAGCUGUAAAACUAGACAAGAUCAGAUCUCAUCUCAAGUUCCAUGAUGACACGCUCCUUAAAUGCUCUUACUGCGAUUUUUACCAUCACAAGAAGCAUACGGUAGAUCGGCAUGUUGUCUUAAAACACCCUAGUUUUGCGCAGAAGACGGAGCUUAUUCGUGGUUCGGAGAGCAGCAAACUUGAUUCACCCGACAUAUCCCAAGCCUCUUCAGACUCUCAACGAGGCACUUUGAAACCCUGGCACUGUGGCUUAUGCCGCGUUCGAAGCUUCGUCCAAGCAGAAAUUGCCGAACAUUGCUUCUCAGUCCAUGGUGUUUAUAAUCAGUACAAAUGUGUCCUCUGCACAUAUUCGAAUAAUUCAUUGUACGACUUCAAUGCUCACUACCUUGAGAAACACCAUGGGGUCUCAAAGCAGAUUCUCUGUGUAUACGAAGAGGUAACGUCUUUCAAUGAUAACGACCCAGUCAACAAUGUCCUGGACUCAAGAGAUAUCUGCCACUACAUUCCCGAGAAGUUCCGCCUAAAGAACGGUUUGGCCGAAGAGAGAGUGUCUCUAUCGACUGAAGACUACAUCAAGCUCAAAGGGCGAAAUCGAAUGUUGGCUGCACUCGGCAUUGAUGAUAAAAACGGGUUACACGGUCCAGUUGGAGAGCCUGACUCGAAGGGGAACUUUGUUUGUCCUCGUUGCAAAGAAUAUCGAACUUCCAAUGUAGAUGAUAUGAAAUGCCAUAUGUACCGGGAGCUGAAUUAUAAAUUGUUUAAAUGUGGCCACUGUAAUCUUGCCUCAUCUCAGUUCCACGAUUUGUUCAUUCAUUCUGAGGAACAUGUCCGCCUAGGAGACGAAGCAUGCGUUCAACAGUUGGAGCCCAACCCUGACUAUGAUGCUUGGAUUGACAGAAUGAUUGCUGUCCAAAAAUCCAUGAUGAAAUCAAAGAAAGAGGGACAAAGUAAAGAAGAUCCCCCUGUUGUUGAAAAUAAAUUUUGGAGAUUCGGUGUCUGCUCAAGGGAGUGUAUGCCCAGUUACCAGCACUAUUGUCCCAACAUUCCAGUUAGUCGUCCAGUCGAAGAGGAUACACCAACACAGGACACUGAUAAAUACCGCCAACCGCCUGUCUCAGAUGAUAGUGAUGUUGAUAACUAUAUCGACAUGAUCGUCUCUGAUGAUGAAGGUCCAUACAAGCUAGCCCAGGAAUCAAUUCCAGCUCCAACUGAAUCAAUUAGUGCCAGUCUCACCUUGCCUGGAUCAAAAAUAGAAAAAUAUCGGAAAUCGAAACUACUACCAAAAAUCGAUUUGAAGCCUCCACAGUAUUCAGUCCUUGAUGAGUCUGAAUUGCAGUUGCUUGAAAGCUCCUCUGAGGAUGAAAUCAUAGUUGACUCUGAUGAUGGAGAAGUGGAGAGUGGCUCCGGUCUCAUGCCAGAUUUGAAUGACAGUCUAGGGGCUUUUACACACAAAUGUGUGGACUGUGGGAAAGGCUACAGCACAACAUGGUCUCUGAAAUUGCAUAUCCGCCGUGUUCACCUCGUAACCUCCGAAUAUGUAUGCCGUCUCUGCAAAGAGAGUUUUCAACACCACCAGACUAUGAAAUCUCACUUGACCAAGAUGCACGGGGACUCUACUGACAAGAACUAUACAGUUCUUACAAUAGCUGACAAAGCCUCUGCCAUUACCCCUGAGUUCUGGGCCAAAAGGUACAAUAUUCAGGAAGAACCAGCUAAAAAAGUGCCAAAAAAAUUAUCAACAACUCAGCAAGAUGAGCUCAGGUACAGUUGUUGCCACUGUCAAUACAAAUCUACAGACCUAGCUGCCAUGUACGUUCAUUGGAGGCAGAAGCAUAAAGAUCCGCAACUUCUUACCAACGGCAAAAUUAGACCCAGCACAAACCUCCCAUUUGGGUAUAGAAAUAUCUCAAAAAAAGUUGAUAGUGCUGAAGACAGGGCUUUGUAUGAGUGCAUCCAUUGCGGUUUCCGCAGCUCAAUGCAGAAAAUUAUCCCGCAUCAUCUAACGCUCCACUCGACCGAGGAGUUCUUAAUAAAGUGCCUCGGGCAGGUCAAGUACAAGUGUGCUGUUUGUCACAUGGACUUCCUUUCAAUUGAUAACUUGAAGCGCCACUUUUCACAGGCUCAUCCAGGCAAAGAAGUGCAGUGUCACUGUUUCUCAAGAUCUGACCUUCCAAGUUUUAGCAGGCUUGAUGAUGGAAAGAAGAGCGUUAAUUUUCUGGCACAUUGUAACAAGCCUGGCAAGUUGAUUUUCUUUGGCUGCCCGGUUUGUCGCUUUUUCUCAGACGACCCCAAGAAAAUGCUCUUCCACCUGCGGAAACAUAUUGAUGUGUACUUUUGCAAAGGUUGCAAGAAGAGUUUUCCAGAUGUACACGAAGCAAAUUACCAUUGUCAUUACCAGUGCACCAAGUCUCUCAGAGUCAAGAGUGUUAAAAAGUCUCGGCUCUCAAGAAGACAAUGGGAAGAAUUGAAGGGAUCCGUGAAAUGUUAUGAAAGGUCAAUAACAGCAUAUCAUCUCUCCAAAAAGUACCUACCUGUUGAAAUGCCCCAAAAGAAAAAGAAACAUCGAUCGAAAGGAAUCCCUCAAAAGUCAGAUGUGAAGCGAAUGAAGCUCUCGCACUGUGCUAAGAAGUCCACGGCCAGCAUCGGCAUGCCUGCAGCAUCAACGAACACGUCAGGCGUGAGGGUAAGUCAGACCGCACGAAAAUCAACAGGUCCUCGAACCACCUACGAUAAUUCAAUGGUCCCUUUCUCUUUCUAUGGCAGGAAGCCGGACCUCGUCGAUUUCAAUCAGGUCAAUAUAUCUUUCCAAUUCUUAGGCUCUCAAAUGCUAAGACCUGUUAGUGUACUGUGCGAUUUAUUAAAAAUAAAUUUAAAUCCUACCGUAAGAGUUCUAGACUACAGGAAAAUAAGGCUAAAGAGAAAGAAAAACCCUGAGCUUGUUGAAAUUAAUGACUGACAAAAACAGAUGCAGUCUUGUGUGAGAACUCAAUCACUUUGACCAGGUAGUAGUAUCAAAUAAAUUACCGCAUGUUUUUGAAGUAUCUCCUGCUUUUGUUGUUCUCAUUAACUUUUUUUCUGAGCUUCCCAAAAAUUAAGAUGAGUCUGUCAAAAUAAUGAGGAAGUUUUUUUCACCCCACUUGUCCAUUUUUGCUGAAUUUUAUUAGAAAUCGUACUGCUUCCGAAAGAAAACUAAGAAAUUUUGUCGGAAACUAUUUCAUACUGAAUCUAUGUAAUUUUUGCAAUGUUCUUUGUCAUUACUUGUAAGAUAGAUCAUUACCACCACAGCUAUUGAUACAAACAUUGUUUUCCUUUCAAUCAAAGUUGAACAAGAUGAUAUUUUUGGGUUUUUAAGUCGAGUUUUAUAGUUGUCAAAAAAAAAAAAAAAAAAACUUACCUUAUAAAACUUUACCUACUGUCAAUGACCCAGAAAUAUUUUAUGAUUUCAAAUUUAACUUUACCUGCUGCUUUCAUCCUUUCAUUGUAAAUUGAAUGUGCAAGUGAAGUUUUUAUUUUAGUUUAUUAAAGUUCUUCUCCUUCCUGAUAAAAUUACUCAUCAACAAGACUUUGAAAUCUGAAAUUCAGUAUUUAUUACUUAAAACUCACAUGGAAGGGUUUUUUUCUAUCUUAACUUUUAUUAUUACUUCUGUUAUUUUAUUUUUUUAUGUGGUAAUUAAUUAGUUUUUAACAGAAAGGUUUUAAUUACUUUAUGUCAUGUUAGCAGCAGAUUGUUCUUUCAAUUGGACAACUCAUCGAGUUCAAAAUAAUCUAGCUCUAAUAUGUAGUUCCCCCCCCCCCUUUUCAUUACCCUCAUCAUUUACUAUUGCCAUCCUUAUCAUUAUGUGUACUUACUUAAUUCUCUUUUUAAGAAUCUUGUUUUUUCAAAGCACAAUUUUGCUUGCUGCCUGCAUUUAAUCGUUUUUAUAGAAUACAUUGUUCAAAUUCAAAUUACUGGUCAGUUGAAAGAACACAAAUGAAUCAUUAAAAUAUUAAAAAAUGAGUGUGAAAAAGUGUACUUUUAUGCAGUUCAUUGCCUUCAAAUCAUUUAAAUAAUGAAUACAAUUCAAUACAAUGCAAUAAACGCAAUAUCAAUUGCUUCAAAAGUUACCUGUAACAGAUAGGGAAGGAAGAUAAAGGAAAAAAUACUCUAAGGAUUGCGACUUCGGUUAAUACAGCAAGCAGAAUUACAUAAAAAACGCUUCUUGUUGAUUACUUGGAAAAAAAGCUAUUCAUUGAGAAAUUAUGCUGAGUUAUAAAUGAAUCACAUGCAAUCAAAAGAGAAACAUCAUCAGCGUUUGCAGCAGCGUAGAUACCUUUCCGUUCUAUCUUUUUUUAGUUGAAAAUUGUCCCUUACAUUUUAAAAUUUUUUGUUCUUUUUGUAUAAAUUUUUUUAAAAGAAAAUUUCUGAAUUCAAGUUUCUCUGAUCAAUUUUGAAAAGUUUCAAAUUUUAGGAGGAAGAAAUUAAGUAAGCCCUCAAAUCGAUUUAGCUAUUGUUGAAGGGCUCAAAAGAAUUAAAGUAAACUUGAAAUUUUUCUUAACGGCCGCAGAUUUUUAAAUAUUUUGCAUAAGACUGAAAAAAAUGUCCUUUUUUAGAGUUCAAUUUUCAGUUAUUGAGUGAAUGAACGAAUUUUCUCCAAACCUCAUUGCCUACCUUUCCGAAGGUAUAAGAGAGUUAGGACGUGAGAAAAUUAUGAAUGAAAGUUUGUCUCUUUGCGUAUAUGCUUACACAAACAGUUUGAAGGUCUGUGAAAAUCACAGAUCUCAACCAAUAGGACUUUUCAGCAGUAAUCUCAAUAUCAGUUUUAAUCUUGUCAGGAUAGUCCGUCAGAUUAAUUCUUAUGAUGGGUCAAUCUCCUCACUUAAGACAUGCUUUCUCUCGAAGAAUCAGUCUAAUACUCAUGUGAUGCAAAAUAUAAUUUCAUGUGAAAUAAUAUGCUUUACAUAAAGUUUACAGUAGACUUUUCAAGGUUUCUGUUCGAAGUCCAUAUACCUAAUCUGAACCUAUUUUUGAGUAUCCAAGUUAUCUUAUGGGAGCAAAUGUUGCAUAUUUGAUUUGUAUACAAUUUUUUUUAUGGUGUGUCGGUUACUUUGCUCAAGUUGCCAAGGAAUGUAGAAGAUUCCACUAUUUUGUUUAUUGAUAUUGAAUCUUAGAGAGCUGUAUGAGUACCUUCUUCAGAAGUGAUUUCUGUGAACUUGUAUCAUUUUCUGUAAAUAGGAAAGUUCUCUGAUGCAGAGGUAUCUGUUAAUUUGUUAAAAGUGAACAUUUUUUAGUUAUACGGUUCAAAACCACUCUGAAUAGAUGAUACUUACGUACUUGUAUAUUUUUAUACAUAGCUUUUAUCUGUUUCCUAUCGCAAUGUGAUUUAUAAAGCGCCAUCAUAUUUGUUAUUUUAAAAUUGCCACAAUUUUUUUUCAUCUCAAGGUUGUAAAUUUUGUGCUUUAAUUAUCAUUUAUGAUUUGAAAAAAUUGUCUUCAAAUUUAAGGAACAGUUUUUGUUCAAGGCAGAAGUCGUAGCAAAGCUUGGGUCAUUAUCUUCGUAUUUGUAAAAUCUUUUAUACGAAUGUUUUUAUAUCAGGCCUUUUUGCCAUUGAUGCUGUUGCUCCAUCUUUUCUUAUCACCAUGAAAUUAUUGAUUUUCAUCUCUUGGAUGAGGAAGGCUAAGCUUUUUAAUGUUGCCUUCUUGUUUACUUGUGUCUAAUUGUAAGAUUAAUGUGCUAGUGUACCCACCCCUUUGACUUAAUCCUUUUCAGCUCAAAUUGUUUUUGAAUACCCAGCAAUGGCUUUUAAAGUUCCCUUUUCCCUGCAACUUUCUUCGAAUGGCAGAAUAUCAAUAGAAAGGAAUAUCACGUUAAGAUCUAUUGAAGAUUGCGUGCUGAGAAUGGCUUUACAAUCAACACUCAUUUCAAUCAUUGCUCUCGAAGUAGGAGUGCACUGAGAGCACUCAUAGCUCACAUUAUCAUUCCAUUUAUUUAAAUGUGGUCACCUGCAAAUGAGCACCCAGCAUGUCUCAGGGAAGCUGGGUCAAAUUUUUUCAAUAACGUAUGUGAAGUUUUUGAAUGCUUUUAUUCAUCAAUCAUGCUAGUUUUAUAACCUCUUCUUAACUUCCUCAGAUUUUCAUUGCAGCUUUGCUUUCUCAUUCAUUCUGUCAUAUCAAGUGUUUUAUCUCUCCGGCGAUAAUCAGCACUAGUUUAGCCAACUCUCAUUGACUUUGAAAAGAAUCAAAGAGUAAUUUUGCUCCCACCACAGAGAUUAGAUCCGACAACUGUUUUUAACCAAUUAAAAUUGUUUGGUGAACCGAUUGUCAUUUCUGUUUACCUUGUAAUUUGAGCAGCUGAACACACCUCUGCUGUUGAUUUUCCAUUCAGUUAGCCUCUGUUAAUGUAUAUCAAGAAGUUAUUCUCCACAUCAUCUUUGUGAAGUACGGAGAGCAAAGAUUGCCUGUUCAAAAUCGAAUUGUUUGAACUUGAAAUGGAAAAAUAUGCGUAAAAUACUUCGGGUUUAAUUUGAUAGUUAAUUACCUGUUACUACAUGGCUAACUAAUAUUGUGUCUUUGUAGCUAAUGUUCCUUAAAUAUUUGUAAGUGAUUGUAAAUAAGUUUUGUAAGUUAAAUUCUCGCGAAUUUCUCUUCGCAUAUUCCUUUUUUCCUAGCAUUUAUGGAAAUAGCAGAUGACUUUCUGUUAAAAAGAAGCUGUAAAUACCGUUUAAUUUUAUUAUGUUACGAUGUAUGUUCUUUCUUUUUCAAUAAAAUGUGACAUAAUUUACUUUUUUA